UCUGUUUAAGGCAGAGCUCCAGUUUAGUGGAGUCACAGGAUGGCAUGCAGGCGGCCGGGACGCUGCACGCAGCGGAAAUAUACACACAUUUAACACAUUUUGGAAUAUUAUUUUGGGAUUAGAUUUUUCUGCUUAUCCAGAGGGACGGACUGGAGCUCGCUGUGAUUUAAUGUCAAAGAUUUUUUUUUAAAUCAGGAUGAGACGCGCUCGUUUCGGAGCUGGAGGUGGAAGCGAAAGUUGAGUGUGGUGACUGGGAUGGAGGUGGAGGAGUGUAAGAUCUCAGUGUGGGUGUGCCGGGAGGAGAAGCUGGUGUCGGGGGUGACGAGGCGCACGAGCUGCGCGGAUGUUGUGCGGGUGCUGCUGGAGAACCGGAGCUCUGCGGCGCUCGCGGGCUCCGCGCAAUCCUACUGCAUCGUGGAGAAAUGGCGCGGGUUCGAGCGCGUGCUGCCCAACCGGACGAAAAUCCUGCGGCUGUGGACGGCGUGGGGCCGCGAGCAGAACAAUGUGCGCUUCGUGUUGGUCAGGAGUGACGCGUCGUUACCGGGCAGCGGGCCGCGCAGCGCCGAGGCUCGUGUUGUGCCCAGUAAAGAGAGCAGGUGCGCGGAAAAAGGCGAGCCCGCGACGCCGGUGGCUGUGGCGACGGCUGAUGGGGAGAUCUCUCAGGAGAAACGGCGCCGCGUGGUCCGAAAAGCGUUCCGCAAGCUAGAGAAGAUCAACCAGCAGAAAGAGGAGACGUGCGCGGAGGAGUACGCGGAGAAGAUGGAGACGCUGGUGCACCUCGUCCUCUCGCAGGACCACACCAUCCGGCAGCAGACGCAGCGCAUCCGCGAGCUGGACGGCGAGAUCGAGAGGCACGAGGCCAAGGUGCACACGGACCGAAUGAGGCGCCACGGGAUCAAUUACGUGCAGGACACCUACCUUGUGGACGCGGGGGACCGCGCGAAAGCGAGUGCGAAAGUGAGCGCGGAGCUCGACGCAGACGCGAUGGCGCGGUGCGACCAAGUGAUCCGACUCCAGGAGCAGCUCACCGAGCACCACGCGCUGCUGGAUAGACUCACCGGAGAGAUCCAAGAGGAGCUCGACAGGAGAUGGAUGACACGGAGGAGUGAAGGAGACGCGGAGGAAACGCGGGAGAUCGCGCAGGCGGCGACUCCUGCGUCCGAGAAAGAUGCGCGCUUAGAAGAGGAGAGAAUCAAAACGCAGCUGGAUACGAGCUCGUACAUCGGACUGCGUUUGAACUCCGACCUGGAGGCUGUGCAGAGUGAGCUAGACGCGAGCCUCGAGGUGUGGGAGGAGAAAGAGCGCGAGCUGAGAGAUUUACUGGAGAAAAUGGACUCAUGCGGUGGCUGCGGUGAAGACGCAGGGGAAGGAGAUGCUGUGUUUACAGAUGAUGUCCAGCCUCCACUUCCACCACCAUCCUCUGUGGACCAGACUGACUGCUGGGUGGAGCAGGUGCGAGGACUUUCAAAAACUAACCCGAGUGGCAACGAUGAUGACUCGGACACUGGACUGAGUUCAAUGCACAGCCAGGACUCAGAUAACGCAGUGGUGUGUGAGUCACUGGUGUGAGCGCUGACACUGUGGAGAAGGACAACAGUCCGGGGCAGGAGGCCCAGAGGGGUUUCAGAUUCCUACUCCUGCCCCAGUGUGUGGCAAAUAAUCUGAACAGUAUACUGAUGGGUAAAAGUGAUUCAUCAAGGAGUAGGUUCAUUUUUUUUAAACAACUCUUUUUAAGUGACUCAAGUGAAUCAGUUCUCAUGCACAAAGCAAUUAAGCUAAAUCCAGGUAUUAAAGAAGGUGAGGAAAUCUCUCUGUCAUGGGUGCCAACAAUGUCGGAGUUGCUUUUUAAGUGAGCUUUUAUUAAACAGAGUUUCCAACACUGA